GACGCCAUUUCGUCCUGCCCCGCCGGGCUGCCCGCACUGCGCAUGCGCGCUCGCCGGCCUCCCAUUGGCUCCCGCCCCGCGGCUUCAAACGGUCCGGCGGGAGCGAUGGCGGCGGAGGCUGCGGCCGCACCCCCCCGGCGGGUUCAGGUCUGCGUCCGCCUGCGCCCCGGCCCCCCCGGUGAGGAUCCCUGCCUGCUGCCCCUCGACUCCCACACCCUGCAGCUGCGUGAGGACCCCCCCCACGCCCCCUCCUGCUACCGCUUCGAUGCUGUUUACGACGCCGCCAGCUCCACGGCCGCCGUCUACGAGGGCUCCGUCCGCCCGCUGCUGGCCCAGUUCCUGGCCGGCAGCGAGCCCCCGAAAGGCUGACACGGUGCCCCCGUGCCCCUACCAGGGAAGACUCACACCAUGCUGGGCGGUGAAGGGGAGCCCGGCUUGGUGCAGCGCGCCCUCGAGGAGCUUCUGCAGGCCGUGGGCGCCAGCCGCUGCCUCAGCGUGGCCUGCAUGGAGGUGUACUGCGAGGAGGUGGGCUUGUGCCCCGUUCCUCCCCCUCAAAUCGCCCCCCCUUUUGGUCCACCUCCCCUCCCCAGGUGCCGGUGUCCCCCCAUUUCUCGACCUGUGCCACCCCCAGUCUCCAGAUCUGCCUUCCCCUAUAGGCAGAUCCCCCCCAGACCCCACUAUACCCCCCAAAAAAGCAUAAUCCCCCCCCCAAAAAACAUAUUCCUCCCCCAAAUCCCCAUAUUCCCCCAUAUGACCCCCCCAAAAUCCCCAUAUUCCCCCAUAUCCCCUCCAAAAUCCCCAUUUUCCCCCCGUAUCGCCCGCCAAAAUCACCAUUCAACUCAGACAAGCCUGAGUUUGGCCCUUGUGCCACAGCUGAGGUGCUGCAGCCCAGAUGUGCCCCAAUGCCCUCAGCCUGGGGCACAGGCAGGAGGAGCUGGAUCCCCGCCUGCUGUCACAGGGCUGGGACAUUGAUGGAAGAGCUGCUGAGGUGUGGGGGGACAGGUCCCCCAGCUUGGGGUGCUGUGCUGGAUGGGGGCAGAUUCUUCAGAAGAGACAGGCGGGGAUGAUCAACAGGGGGUUGCCCUCCAUGUGAAGGAUCUGUCUGGAUGCAUGGAGCUCCUCUAUGGGAUGGGCAGCAGAGUGGGGGAGCCCUUGUGGGUGAGGGUCAGAGCAGAUCCAGUCAGGGUGGCAGUGUGGUCAGAGGUAAAUGCCUGCAGUCAGGCUGAAGAAGCAGACAGUCUUGUGGAAGCCACUGGACUAAGAUGACUUCAAUGACCCCAUGUCACCCUGGGGGCCUUAAAUCACUCAGACUGUCACAGAAAAGGGACACUGCAGGGUGCAAACAUUCCCGAGGUUUCUAUGGGUUCUUGGAGGCAUCUUCUGUGCACAGCUGCCAGAUGGGCCGACCUAGGUGAUGUUCACCAGGAUCUGGGACUUGCAAACAGGAAAACCCGUGUCUUGACACUCCUCCUACAAAAUGCGUGUCAUAGUCCAGCUGCUUUUCAGCACAGGGAAAGAGAUGAGGUUUUGGGGCCCAGCCCUACACCCAGCACUGCACAGGCCCACUCACUCAUAGACCCUGGGAGGCCUGCAGCCCUGGAGAGUAUUGGCAGACAGACUUUAGCAAACUGCCUAGAAAAUGGGGAGGAACGCAGCAGUGACUUCUCCAGCGCUCUACUUGCUUUAUUCUGUGGCCUUUGUCAGAAUUUGGAGAUGUUCCUGGUGGAUGGGCCAGGAACCGCUAGGAAUGAACUGGGCAGAAGGGAGGUGACUGUUUCUCAGGACAAGAAGGGAAAUCUCUCGUCUCUCUCCUGAGCUGUGCUGUCUCCAUGCUGCUGACGUCAUAAGGCUUCUUAUGACACGUGAUGAUGUCACAGAAGGAUGUCCUGCAUCACCAGGAUAUAAGCAUUGGUGCAGCGGCAGUGCCGGCACUUCCCUGCAAAGCCUGGUCCCUGCUGGGCACUGCUUGGGUGCUCCCCAGCGCUGUCCUUCUGCGGCCAGGAGUGGGGUCAGCAGGCAGCAAGCUUGCACUGGGCGACCCUCGCUGACGGGCGGAGGAGCAGGGGCACCUUGCAGAGGAGCUGUGGUUGAGGAGCCAGGGCGGGCAUCCCUUGUCCUGAGCUGAGGGCCAGCAGCAAGCGAGAUGGAGGGCUGCUGGAGGGUGACCAUCGCCUCUGAUAUGGUUUCCCAGUUCCCAGUGCUCCUGAAUCUCUCCCCCAAAGAGACUGAGGCUAUCUGGGAUGCUGUAUCCAAGCAAAUUCUGGAAGCGCUGAAGCAGGAUAAGGCUAUUCAGGUUGCGGGACUCGGGACCUUUGCUGUUCUCCAAGAGCAAUUCUACGUCAAGCAAAAGCGGCUCCUGAUUCGCAAACCGUUCUUCCAGCUGGACAUUGAUGAGGGGUGGCUGGAGUACAUGUACUGUCCCCCUGAGAUCCUCCCUGAUGACGUCGAGGUCGAGCAGCUGAACUACCUGCAGCUAGCGCAAGCCACCUCCUUCCCACUGUACGUGGUGCAGGAGUGUGUGCAAGAGACCAUCAUCUUGUACUGUUGCCUCCUGAAGAACAAGGAGCACGUCCCCUUUGCAUUCAGGGACAUCGGUGUUUUGACGUGCGAGGAUGACUUCCUGUGCAUGAAGUUUUAUCCGGACUGUGUUAAACGUCUGGAGAGCUCUGAGGACCUCAUUGCAAUGCUCCACAGUAGAAUGUGGCCGGCACACCCGACUGCCUUGAGUGGAGAGACCACCGCUCGUGCGAUCCAGAUGUUCCCAAGGUUUCAUCUGACUGUGAGGACAAGGCCAGAGGCCAAAGUGCAGUUCACCUCGCAGCAGCAAGCUGCAGGAGAGUGCAGGAUGAGAGGAGUUUCAUUGUGCCAUCCUGGCAAGCUGCUGGAGAGGCGGAAGCUUUCCCUCCCCACGGUGAGAAGCUGGGAGCCAGGCACGAGGCAGCAAGAUCUGGAGAAGAAGCCUUCCACCAGUGUGCUCCCCCCGUGUCCAGGCAGCUCCCCCAGGACAAAGAAGACAGACAGGCAGGAAGCAGCUCCUCAAGCCAAGUCCACCAGCACUGCGCUCCCUACUCCCGAAGCCUCUCAGAGAUCGGUGCAGGAGGUCUGGAACCUGUCCUCGCAGUGGGACCAAACAAAGAGCUCAUGGCCCUUGUACCAAAAGCGAAUACAGCAAGCCCGGGCAGAAAUGGCUGCUUGGGAAGCCUGGUCUCAGGGGGAGGACCGAGAGACACCUCAGGUCACCAGGCAACAUGAUUGGAUUCCCCAUCCCCCAGCCCAGCCCAGGAGCAAGGAGGUCGUGAGGAGGUGGAGGAAGGUUCAGAUCCCUGCCGCAGAAGAGGAGUGGAGAGCGGCAGCCAAGCUGGAGAGCCUCCAGCCUGACCACCUUUCCCCACGAGCACUGCAAGUUUUGAAAAGGUCGGAGCCGCAUCGCAGUCAACAAAGGGUGUUCAGAAGUGCUGCGGAGGAAAAGCGGCUGCAGCAAGAGCAGCAGCGGCUCCCCUGCGCUAGAUGCUGGUACCGCAACGGAGGGGAAGGUGCUGGGAAUGCUGAAGGCAGCAGCGGAGCUCUGAGCAAAGGGGCUGGGAAGCUCUCCCGCUUUCCACCCCUGAAUGGAAAAUAAAGAGCACAGCCAGACU